AUGGGCACCCUUAUUGGUGUCUAUCUCCCUUGCAUCCAAAACAUCUUCGGUGUGAUCCUCUUCAUCCGUCUCACAUGGGUCGUUGGAACUGCUGGUGCUAUUCAAGGAUUUCUGAUUGUUCUCGUUUGCUGCUGUACGACAAUGUUAACUGCUAUCUCGAUGUCUGCGAUUGCGACGAAUGGCGUGGUGCCGGCGGGCGGGUCGUACUUCAUGAUAGGGCGCGCGUUGGGCCCCGAGUGCGGCGGCGCGGUCGGCAUGUUGUUCUACACCGGCACCACGCUCGCAGCUGCCAUGUACAUCGUCGGAGCUGUUGAAAUUGUUCUGACGUACAUGGCGCCGUGGAUGUCGAUCUUCGGGGACUUCACGAAGGACCCCGAGGCUAUGUACAACAACUUCCGAGUGUACGGCACCGGGUUACUGCUGAUUAUGGGGAUGGUCGUAUUUGUCGGCGUCAAGUUUGUCAACAAGUUCGCGACCGUCGCCCUGGCCUGUGUGAUCCUGUCCAUCACUGCUGUCUACGUCGGAAUCUUCGUAAAUUUCAACGGAAAUGAUAAGCUGCAAAUGUGUGUGCUGGGUAAACGUCUACUGAAGGACAUCGACAUCAAUAACUGCACGAAGACGGUUGGAGCGCCGCUGCACCAACUGUUUUGCCACAACGAUACCUGCGAUCCUUACUACCUGGCACACAACGUCUCCAUCGUACAAGGCAUCAAGGGCUUGAAAAGCGGAGUUUUCUUCGACAACCUUCAAGACUCGUUCCUUCAACUCGGCCAAUAUAUUGCUUACGGCAAGGAACCUGAGGAUAUCGAGCAGAUGGAAAGACCAACUUACAACCAAGUUUAUGCUGAUCUCACUACUACCUUUACCAUCCUCAUCGGAAUCUUCUUCCCCUCCGUAACUGGUAUUAUGGCUGGUUCUAACCGUUCGGGUGACUUGGCUGACGCUCAAAAGAGUAUCCCUAUAGGAACGAUCUGCGCUAUCCUGACCACUUCCACCGUCUACCUGUCCUGCGUACUUCUGUUCGCUGGCACUGUUGAUAACUUGCUUCUCAGAGACAAGUUUGGUCAAUCUAUCGGUGGAAAACUCGUGGUAGCGAACAUGGCGUGGCCGAACCAAUGGGUGAUACUCAUUGGUUCUUUCCUGUCAACCCUGGGAGCUGGUCUGCAAUCCCUCACCGGAGCCCCACGACUGCUACAAGCUAUUGCUAAGGAUGAAAUCAUUCCGUUCUUAGCACCGUUCGCCGUCUCAUCCAGCCGGGGUGAACCAACAAGGGCCCUGCUUCUAACGAUGGUGAUCUGCCAAUGCGGUAUCCUUCUUGGCAACGUCGACAUCUUGGCUCCUCUACUGUCUAUGUUCUUCCUCAUGUGCUACGGCUUCGUGAACCUUGCCUGCGCUCUGCAGACCCUCCUUAAGACUCCCAACUGGCGACCUCGGUUCAAGUAUUACCACUGGUCUCUCUCAUUAGCUGGACUCACCCUUUGUAUCUCCAUCAUGUUUAUGACGUCUUGGUUCUACGCUCUAAUCGCCAUGGGCAUGGCUGGCCUCAUCUACAAGUACAUUGAAUAUCGCGGAGCUGAGAAAGAGUGGGGAGAUGGUCUCCGUGGUCUGGCCUUAUCAGCUGCUCGGUACUCACUGCUACGUCUAGAACAAGGACCUCCUCACACCAAGAACUGGCGUCCCCAAGUACUGGUGCUUGCUAAACUGAACAAUGAACUGAUGCCUACCUAUCGGAAGAUGCUUGCUUUUGCCAGUCAACUGAAAGCUGGCAAGGGCUUGACGGUAUGCGUAUCAGUGCUGGGCGGAGACUUCCCUCGACGUGCUGGCGACGCUUCCUCAGCUCGACACAACCUGCGCCGCUGCAUGGAUGAGGAGAAACUAAAGGGCUUCGUCGAUGUCCUCGUAGCACCUGACAUCGCUGAUGGACUUAGCCACUUGGUACAAACGACCGGUUUGGGUGGUUUGAAACCCAACACGGUAAUCGUGGGCUGGCCGUACGGCUGGCGCGCGGCCGAGCGGCCCGAGCCACGUUGGCAACACUUCCUACACACCGUGCGCGCUGUCGCCGCCGCACGCAUGGCCAUGCUUGUACCCAAAGGAAUUAAUUUCUUCCCUGACUCCACUGAGAAGGUAUCCGGCAAUAUCGACAUCUGGUGGAUCGUGCACGACGGUGGCAUGUUGAUGUUACUCCCGUUCCUGCUGAAGCAGCACCGCACCUGGAAGAACUGCAAGAUGCGCAUCUUCACCGUCGCGCAGAUGGAGGACAACUCUAUUCAGAUGAAGAAAGACUUGAAGAUGUUCCUCUACCAACUGCGACUUGAGGCUGAAGUGGAGGUUGUGGAAAUGACGGACAGUGAUAUAUCUGCGUACACAUACGAGCGAACCCUGAUGAUGGAACAACGUAACCAGAUGCUACGCGAACUGCGACUGAACAAGAAGGAAACCAUGGGCAUGAUGCAAAAUUUCGUGGAUUAUCGUGAAAACGCUGAGGAGAAGUUGCCUUUGGUGCAAGCCAUUGUGGAUCAUCACCACGCUGACGUGAAGACUGCUAGCAAGGUUCGAUUCGCGGAACCUGGUGAUGAAGCACCAACUGAUGCACCAUCACCUCCGCUCGCUGAUACUGAAGACAAAGACAAAGAUGAUAAGUGCGAGGAUGCCAGCCCGCCACCCGACGACAACAAGCACAAGGAUCAGCCCGUCAACGGCGACGUCAAGCCCAAGCCCAACCUCUCCGAUAUUACGCCUGACGAAGGCACGGUGCGACGCAUGCACACGGCGGUGAAGCUCAAUGAGGUGAUCGUGUCGCGCUCUCAUGACGCGCAGCUCGUCAUCCUCAACCUGCCCGGCCCUCCCCGCGACACCAACAUCGACCGAGAAUCCAACUACAUGGAGUUCCUGGAGGUGUUGACGGAGGGGCUGGAGAAGGUGCUGAUGGUGCGCGGCGGCGGCCGCGAGGUGAUCACGAUCUACUCGUGA